AUGAAAACUAUUGUUCUUUAAUAUCCCAAAUAAAAAACCAUGUAUAACCCCAGCAAACCUGCUGUUAAAAUUGAUUCAAAUAAUCAAUUCUUAUAACCUAAUGAUUAAAAGGUUUUAAAUCAGAAAAGUUUAAAUGUUGUAGAUAGAUUAUAUUAAUAAGAAGAAAAAAAGAGAAACAAAAUAUAGAAAUUAAAAUAGGAUUAAGAAAGAUCUUUAACACCUAUUAAAGUUUCGUUUAUUAGUAAAAAGUCUUAAUAAAUUCUUGAUACUAAAAAUCUCAAACCUUUUUUAGAAAGAUAAAAUGAAUUAGUUUAAGAAAAAAAAAUGAGAGCUGAAUUAUAAAAGAUUUUGGUUACUUAAGAAUAAGAAGAAGAAAUUGAAUCUAAUAAAAUAUUACCCUCAAGAUCACUUUCUCAAUUUAUUAAAGAUUCAUAGGAUUGGGUUUAAUAUAAGGAAUUUAAGAAAUAACAAUUAGCAGAUGAAAUCUAAAAUUAAAAUGAAUAAUCAUUUAAACCUUUAAUAAAUCCUAAAUCUGCUGAAAUUGCUGAUAAAAAAAUGAAAAAAAGUGGACUCUAUCUUGUAGAUUAAGCAGAUCGAUUAGCUAUGCCUAUUCGACAAAGUUUUACUUUUUAAAAAGAAAAUUAUAGUUUUUCACCUUGUAUUAAUGCAAAAUCCAGAUAGUUAGCUAAUAAGUAUAAAUUUUAAAGAAGUUAAUCACCUUGGAAUUAGUAUUGA